GCUUCAGGGCUGGGAUGGCCACAGUGGGGGGCAGAAGCAAAGCAGGGGGCAGUGUUCAUGGGUGUGCUGUUGCCCCAGUGUCACCUCAGUUUGGCCCCAGCUCUUGUGCCAUGUCCCCUGUACAGAAACAUCCCUGUGCCUUCAGCUGACUGCACUCACUCAGGAAGCAGCAUUUCCAGUUUUGGAGGCUGCUUUCCUUUAUGCCGUGGCUUUGCCCAUACUAUUUUGCUCUCUGGGGUGGGGUACCUCGAGAUCACCCACAAGGUUACCCCUGGGCUGGCAUCCCCAAGUCCAGGGUGGGCAGUACUCCAAUGUGUUCCCAUUCACGUCCCCAUCCCCAUUUUGCUCCAGUGAUGACUGUUCUCGGGGGUGUUCCUAUGCUGGGGUGAUCACUCCUGCAUGCUGUGUCCAUGCCCAGGGCCUGCCCAUCAGCUGCAUGUCCCAGUGGGGAUGUGGGAGCAGGGCUGGAUGUCCCAGAGGGGAUGUGGGAGCAGGGCUGGGUGCCCCAGGCGUGCAGGAGCAGGACCCACCGGCAUCACACACAUCACAGCUCGUUUCCCUCACAUGAAAACGUUUGGCUGGAAGCUUAGUGUGGCCUCUUGUCUCCUUGGAGCAAUCAGGAUUUGUCACCGCUUGCAAUGUUUAACGUCGUCUUCCAGAGGCUAAAUACCAUGGGGAGCCGUGUAAGCCGUGGAAAUACCUGCGUGAGCUGGGAUCAGCCUGAGGCUGGCACAAUAGGCUGGCAGCACUGCAGAUGGGGGACUGGGAGUGCAUGAUGCUGGUCCUCAUGCCCCCAGUGCUCACGGGUGGACUGGUGCGAGCCAGGGUCAGGAUCCUGGGGGUCAGCACCUUGCUCCCAUAGGGCUCUCCACAACAGGGGGCAGGGAAACAAGUCUCAGGGGCAUGAAGAGGACUUGGGGGGCCCCAGAGCUAUGUGGAGUGGGGAGGAAGAUGCCAGGGCCCCCACCAAUCUCUGACUGGGAUCUGCCUGCCAAGGUGCAGGCAGCUAUUUCUGUCAAGGUCAGCGUGUCUCCCAGGCAGAGAGAGGAAAAUGAGGAAUUGUGUCAAGAAAUUACCUCCCUAAUGGGGUCUCCCCUGCACAUCAGCGUGGUAUGGGGAUGCUGUCAUGCAGUGGUUGAGUGAGGAGACUGGCACGAGGUGUGGAAAUGCUGCCACCCUACCCCUCAGGUUGCAAGAUUCUUAAGUACCCACCAAGCAGAGCAGAGUGCCGAGAGGCCCACAGCCCAGUUGCUGUUCUUGGCUGCACAUGUGUGCUACCGCCUGCAAGGUGCUUUUCUGGGUCAGCUGCAGGGACAAAAUCAUGUUCCUGGUGCAGGCAGGCUCUCCUCUGCCCUUCCUCCUCCUCCUCCUCAUGCACUCCCUGUUAUCUAAUUGGAUUUGUCAUGCUGGAAAGGCAAAGCCCCUCAGGACUGUGCUGUGUGCUUGCCAGUGUGAUUUCACAGCUGGCCUCAGCACCCCAGCAGCCGACAAGUGAGUAACUCAGCUGGACGCCACGGGCACCCCUGCUCUCCCCCUGCUCCCCCACAGCCAUGCCCAUCUGCCUAGGGCUGCAGGAGAUAGGGGACAAGGCCACAACCACCACAAGGACCUUCUCCUCCAACCCUGCACAACACUGGUCCCUGUCCCUGAGCUGUCUGUCCCCGUGUGCCCCAGCCUCUGCCUCUCAUCCCCAUCCCUCACCCUGCUCCAGGGUGAUUGCGAUGCUGCCCGGAGAUGUCUGAACCGACACGAGAUGGAAGCGUUCAGAGAAAUGACAUUUUCUCCAGCCUGGGGAGUUCAUCCUCCGCUUAAAGAAAACUAAUAUAGAAGCUGCCUUAGUGUGCUGGGGCUGAUGGUAUCAGGAUGGCAGCCGCCGGCGCUCACAGCCGUGAUAAAUCUCAGAAAGGAGCAGGCUUCGAGCCGGCUCCAGCCGCCCCACGGAGGGGAUGAGCCUUGUCCCGGGAGUGCUGCGGGGACACAGGAGCUGGAGGGGACAGCUCAGGGCAGCUACGGUGGGGUGACCCACGGCGUCCCGAGGAUGCAGGGAGCAGGCAGCCCGCGACGGGAUUGGUGCCGGCGCUGAAUUCGGCGGCGGGGCUACGGCAGGAGCCAGAGAGCUCAGCGGCCCGGUCCGGCUCGAGGGCUGCCCUGGGGAUGGGGGGCCGGGCUGGGAGGGCGGACGGCAGCAGGGAGAGCGCGGGGCCCUGCUGCCCUCUGCCGGAGAGCGCCCGCCCCGCACCCGCCGCCCGCGCUGCGAGUGCGGAGUGCGGAGUGCGGGGUGCGGGGUGCGGGCUGCCAACAAGGGCCAGAGCUGGAACCCUGCGCGCCUUUGGGCUGCACUUCUCCCUGCAGAGGGGUAGAGAGUGUGAUGGAGGGGAGUGCACUGCCCUGCCACCCUGGAGUGCUGCCCUCGGUGCCUAUCCUAUUCCUGACCUGCCUAGCUUCCUUCUGUACUUGUAACCAAGCUGCCAGAUGGGAUCCUGGGCGGUUCCCUGUCAUGGCUAAAGUUACACCUUGCUCAGGCGUCAAGGCCAGCGGCACAGAUGAUGCUGGGAGUCACUGCUAAGGUGAUCUGGAGCCCCCCUUGUUCCAAUCCCUCCUGCCACCAACUGCCCUCCUCCUGCCCAGGCACAACGGAACUCAGGGGUGUUGCCCUUGAAGAGGCCCGGCAGCCCUAACUUGACCCAAGACCGUGGAGACGGCGGGACCCACCCCCCAUCCUCGAUGCUAGCCCACGUGGGGCGGAUGCCAAAGGCAGGUGCCUAGAAGCAGCAGCAGCAGGAGAUGAGAGGCUGCAGGGACCGCGGUGCUGAGCUUUGAAGGCACCUGACAGGCUGUCGGGGUGCUGCCAGCCACGCUUGACAGCCGGGUGCAAACACUCCCCCGCUACUGCUGCGCUCUGAUCACAGCCUUGCCGUCACUUCAAAGAGCCUGCCGGGCUCAGGUGGGCUCCCACGCAACCUCCCACCAAAUGGUUCCACUCCUCCUGACCCACAGUCCUGCUUCUCCCACCCCACAAGGACCAGAUGAACUGAGGUCCACAGCUCCAGGGCCAGUGAUACCAGGGUACAGCCUUGGAGCCCAAGGUAGAUAUGAUCCUGAGCAGCGCUGGCAGGAGGUGAUGGCCUCCCAGGCCUAGCACUGUCCUGCCUCUAUGGAGCAUGGUCUUCAGCCCCAGAACAGGCACAGUCGUGGACCCUGCGGGUCCAAGCAGUAUUUCAUGGGGGCUACAGUGCCAUGCUUGGCAAGGGACAAUGGGGACAAGCUGAGGCGCAGCAUCCCCAGGCACAGGGUUCACACAGUGUGGCUGGGACAGGUCAUUGCUAUCCAGACACAGGUGUACACCAAGCUGGAACACUGGGGGCGGCCAGUUCAACCUGCCUGGGGUGAGGCAACCCUGCUGUCCCAGCCUGGCUCAAGGAGGAAUUUUCCAUUCCCGAAUGGAGGUUGGGGGAAGGCGUGUUUGUAGCAGCCCCCUCCUCUCCCUCCCCUCACCCGUCACCAGAGCAGCUCAGGAAGGCGCCUGCCACGUUCGUUUCCAGUCUCCAGGAAGGUGCGGAGAAAGAGCCUACAGGGAGGGAGAGCUCCCUGGAGGGGACCAGGGACCCUGGGUAGCCUCAAGGGCAGCCUGCACCUCUGCAUCCCAGAGGAGCCACCCUGCCUGCAGCCAUGCCACUGCCCAUUGCCUGCUGCCAGGACAGGGAAGUUCUGACAUCAUCUCAGGACAGCAGCGCUGCCCAGCUUGCCGUUGGCAUCCUGCGAGCCACCCGGAUUCCCGGGCUGCACUACAUGUGCACCCGGCCGCAGUCCCGCCUGCGCCGCCUGCUCUGGAGCCUGGCCUUCCUGGCCUCUGCCGGGCUGCUGGCCACCGGCACUGCCGACCGCCUGCACCACCUGCUCUCGCACCCUGUGCACACCCGGGCACGCCUCACCUGGGCUCCCCAGCUCCGCUUCCCAGCCGUCACCCUCUGCAACCCCAACCGGGCGCGCUUCCUGCACCUCACCAAGCCUGACCUCUACUCGGUGGGACAGUGGCUGGGGCUGUCCCGGGAGAACCGCUCGCUGGUGCCCGAGAUGCUGGCCGUGCUGGGGGAGGACCGGCGUGCAUGGCUGACGCAUCUGGCCAACUACUCGCGCUUCCUACCACCCCGCCGCUCCGAACGCACCAUGCAGAGCUUCUUUCACCGCCUGGGCCACCAGAUCGAAGACAUGCUGGUGGAGUGUCGUUUUCAGGGAGAGCGCUGUGGCCCCCAACACUUUGCCCCUGUGAGUCUCCUCCUGGCAGGAGCAGGACAGCUGGGCUGGGAGUGACGCUUCACCCCUGCUUCAGCAAGGGUGGAGCAGUGACAUCAUCAGGAGUGAGGCUGAGAUGAACCCUUCCAAGAGCCAUGCAAGACUGUACCUCCCUUCUAGCACCUCCAUGGAAUUGGAAAGGGGUUCCAGGACCUCAUCCUGCUUGUAGAACACCCUGCCAGAUCCCUGCCUGCUCCUUUACCCCUCCCCUUUCUCCAU